AUGCGAGCCUUAGCGGACAAGAGCGGCCAGAGGCACGCGCAUGUUGCACUGUUAUGCUGCGUAUUAAGAGCGGGUACCGUCGUCACGCGCGGACCACGGAGAGAAGCGGAGAGCGCGGUCAAGGACGCGAAAGCGCUGGAUUUGACCUACCCCGAGAGUCCAAAGCCAGGAGCGCCGAGGAGGACGAGCACGGGAAACACUGCCGCCAGCGGCUCCUCGCUACAAUCCACAGCCAACGACAAGAGCAAAAUCAACGCCAACCCGGAGACGUUCGGGAAGUUCGAAGAUCCAUUUGAGGCAGCGUGCGCCGCGCAUGUGCUCGUUUAUGCUGUGGUGUACUAUACGCAUAUAGUGCUUUUCAAGACGGUGUUGCUGAGGUUGGACUGCCCGCCGGCCCACCGCUCUGCGUCCGCACCACACCCCCACGUGUCCUCUUCGCCCUUGGCUACCUCGUCUCAGCCUCAGCCACACGAGACCCAGUCGGCCGUAAACCCAGACGCGCGACUUUUGCGCAGGCUGAACUCGAUGAUCUCGCCGAGAAAGAAGGGCCGGUGUUUUAAAUUCCUCUAUGGGCGAGGCACGAUCGCUUCUCCCCUAGUUCAUCUCCCACAGGCUGUGCGAAGGACGAAUUCGAAUCACACGCCCUGGUCAGGAUGCGAGCACGCCCGCUCAUUGACAUGGUUCACGCACAUCCCUUUCCCCUCUCGCCAUGGCCUUAUCUUUGCGCGUUUACAGUCCGCGUAUGGGACAAAACGGAUGAUGAACGGCGGGAGCAGUAUUGUUAGCGCUCAUCAAAUGUCGAGAGUUCCCUGA